AUGACCAGUUUUGAGAAGGUCGUCAAGGGUGCGUGUAAGCCGAAGGCGGCCCCUCCGAAGGCCAAGUACUUGGACCCAAUCAUCGCGGCGACGUGGUCGGAGGAUGGAGCGGUGCACGACGUUUGCAAGGCAUUAUCGCCUCGGCUACGGGAACCCAACGUCAUAGUCGUGUUCAAAGCCCUGAUUGUGCUGCACACCAUGAUACGCAACGGCUCCACGGACAACGUACUCAAGUGCCUGUCGUCGUCGGACGUGCUGCGCCUGCGGAAUGUGUCGGCCGGGAACUGGGAAGGCUACGAUGCGCCGCAGAACCUACAACACUAUGCGUCCUACCUGGACGCGCGCAUCCGGGCCUACCGUGACCUGAAGCACGACGCGAUCCGUGUGCAGUCCGAGACGAACCGAGACAUGCGAAACUCGAAUGCGAUCGAGGAAGACAGGAUAGAAGCCGCCGCCGCGUCGUCUCGCAGGCGGUGGAAGAGUGGGGGAUCUUCUGCUGCUCCGUCGAGUUCGGUGCAGAGGAGCAAGACGAUCGCGGGCAGGAAACUGCGGGUGAUGACAGUGGAGAAGGGGCUACUGCGCGAGACCAAGAUCGUGCAGAAGACGAUCGACGCACUGGUUGAAUGUCGGUUUUAUCUGGACGACCUCGAGGACGAGCUGAAUAUCACUGCGCUCAGAAUGCUGGUGAAGGACCUGUUAAUUCUCUUCCAGGCGUGUAAUGAGGGUGUCAUUAACGUGUUGGAGCACUAUUUCGAGAUGUCGCACAUCGACGCGGAGGAAGCGCUUGCGAUCUAUCGGCAUUUCUGCAAGGAGACGGAGCGCGUAGUGGAGUAUCUCGCAGUAGCAAAGAAGCUGCAGAAUCUGCUCAACGUGCCGAUUCCGAACCUUCGCCACGCGCCGGUGUCUCUCGCGGGAGCGUUGGAGGAGUAUUUGAACGAUCCGAACUUCGAGCAGAACAGGAUCGAGUACAAGACUAGCAAGGAGGCAGCGGACAGGAACGCGAGGUCAGGUGUGAAGGCGAGUACGAAGUCACCAGACAAACAACCUUCGCCGAAACCUCCUCCGCCUUCUGACGCGGCAACAUCAUCGCAACCUGUUCCCGCUAAGUCGCCUAACAACCAAGCUAUGGUGGACUUCUUCACUGCCAUCGAGGGAGAGCAGCAAUCGAUGUUCAACCCACAAACGAAUAGCCCAUCGACGGUGCACUUCCAGCAGCACGCUCUCCACAAUCCUUUCGCACACCAACAGAUGCAAAUGACCGGAGCGCCUUUCGUGCAACCACAGAUGCAGAUGCAACCAACCGGUUUCAUGAUACCCCAGCAGACCGCAUUCCAGCAGCAGCCGGUAUCAACAAAUCCAUUCGGAUUCCAAGGUCCCCAGCAACAGUCGUUCCUCCAACCACAGCAGACUGCAUUCCUACAGCCCCAGAUGACCGGGGCUAAUCCGUUCCGGCAGAGCAUGAUGUUCCCACAGGCGACAGGGAUGUCUCCGUUUGGCAUAGGGAUGGGUGCGCCCCAGCAGUCGUCGACCAAUCCGUUCCCGCAAAAUCAGGGUCAAUCAGUACAUGGCAUGGGCCAGCAGGGCUCGAUGAGUGCACCGUCUUUCAACCUCGGAUCUGUGGCAACCUCGUCGUCUUCACCGUUCGCAGCUCCAGCUGCACACCUGCCUUCAAUUGGUGCGGUCCCUUCGGGCCCAGCGCGGCCUGCAUCCGCCCCGCUCUCGGCGCUUCCUGCUUCGACAAGUUCGUCGGGACCACCAGUCGCGCAGGCCGUAAAGACCCACCAAACAGGCUCGAGGAAUCCAUUUGGUACACCUGUCGUUGCAGCACCACCACUACCAAAGCCGCCCACAUUGAUGGAGUUGGCGAUGGGUGUGAGAAGCAACAGCCAGCCGAACGGGACGCAGAACGGCCAGCAGCAGUCGAUAGGCUCGCCAGGUUUCGGUGCGGAUGCGUUCGGGCCACCGUCAAGCGGGCAGCCAAGCAGCUCGACCAUGUCAAGUGUCGCUUCAGCCUUUAUGUCAAACAAUUCGAAGGGAGGCCAGUCACCAACGUCUCCACUGAGCACCCAGCCGACAUCCACUACCUUCUCUGACUCUGUUUUCUCUUCUCUGCCCAACCAUACUACAGGCGCUACCGCAUCGUCGGCACCGUCAAUCUCAAUCUCGUCUGCGUCUUCGCCACUGCAGCCGCAGACGACAGGCUUCGCAGGUAUAAAACCUUUCAAGCCAUCAUCCUCCUUCGGUGCGGCAUUGUUCGAAUCAUUGCCGCCUAUACCACAGUCCGCGCCUACCACACCGAGCGAAUCGCCCAAUCCAACGGCGAAUGGCGGCACGACGAGUCCUACGGCGAACAAUGGGUUUCCGGGCCUCGGUUCGCAGCCUACAGGAUUGGGAUUCGGGGGGUUGAACACGCAGCCCACCGGUGCGCUAACUGGGUUAGGAACGUCAUCGCUCGGUGUCGGCCUGCGUCCCCAAACGACGGGUGCGGGAGCUGCGAACCCGUUUAGGGCCUCCAUGUUUGCGAUGUCGCCGGCCAUGACUGGGGCGCCGUUCGGUUCAGGGAGCGCGGGCGCGUCCUCAUUCCUGAGUUCUUCGUCAACAUCUGCGUUGGGCGGCUCCCCCUUCGGGCUGGGCAGCCAUACGACGGGUGCGCCAGCGCCGUUUGGUGCCAGCCAGUUCGGGAUGGGCAUCGGCGCAGGGCAGGAUGCGUCGAAACCUCAGCAGAAUGGUGUUUCACUGAUUUGA